AGCAGCAAGGUUCGCAUCUGGUAGGGUCUUGGAUUCAUUCAAGGAGUGUCGUAGGCUUAUGUGCAUCGGGAUUGGGGAGGCAAGUUCCACUAGGAGGGAGUGUAGUUGCUGUUAGUGUUUUCUUUUUAAAUCGUAUUUGUCUUUUGGGUGUGAUUCCGGGUCGGGUCGGUCUUCGGCGACCCUGCCGAAUGCCUUAAUAAAAAAAACUAUGUUUUUCAAAGAAUAUGAUUGUUGGAGCAAUAGUAGAUGAGCUUACAAAGAGGAGGGAGGGGGUUUACCGACGUGGUGGCUUUUGGGGUUUUCCAUUUCUAUGUUUGUGUCCUUUGAAUGGGUUCAUCGAGUGGAUGUAGUCAGGUAUUAAACGGUUCCUGGCGUGGUGGGUGCAGUGCUGGGCAGACGAAGUUGGUGGGAUAAAUACUCAGUGCCACUAAGUGCGUUGCAUUUAAAGCAAUAGAGAGGAUGGGGUCCUGCAACGGUGUUGUAGAGGGAACGUGCCAAUGGAAUGUGAGGAGCAGGGAUGAUUGGGUUCAACACAGCGGUGUAUGUUUAGAUGAGCAGGAAGCAUUAUAUGACAUGGGAAUUGAAGCGGAGGAAUACUUUGGUGACUAUGAAAGUAAGGAUGAUGGGUUCGAUUCGGAUGAAGGAGUGUGGCCAGAUGAUGUCCUUCGAAUGGAAUUUAACACUCUAGAUGAAGCCAGAUCCUUUUAUAAUAACUAUAGCCGAUUAAAGGGGUUUUCUACAAGGCAAGGGAGGAAGGUAACAAAUAGUGCAGGGGAUAUUGUGCGAUACACAUUUGUGUGCAAUAGGCAAGGGUAUCGAGAGAAGAAAUGGUUAGAGAUGGCUAAUCGAAACGGGAGCACAAGACUGUGACUCGUUGUGGUUGCC